AUGUGCGGAAUACUUUGCAUUUUCACUCACAGACGGAUUGGUGACACUGCUUACGCUCACCAAAAGCAAACAUCUUACAAUGGAGAUUGCUCAAAGUUUAGUGAUCGUUUUACCAACUCUAGCGAGUCGUUGCGUGAGCUAGCUUACCGGCAGUCAAGCAAACAACGUCACCGUGGUCCCGAUCAAACUGGACUGCUCGUGGACGAAAAGGAAGGAUAUGUGCUGGUGCAGGAGCGAUUAUCCGUGAUUGGAGUCAAAACUGGACGGCAACCAUUCACCUCCGCCGCUGGUACUACGCAUCUGGUGGCUAAUGGAGAGAUCUACAACUAUACCUAUCUGGUGUCUUUAAUUCACGACGCGAACGGCAAUCCACACUACAAACCACGCAGUGAUUGUGACGUUCUGGUUGCGUUCUAUGAACUCUUUGGUCCCGAUAGAUUGCUCCAAACGAUUCGAGGUAUGUUUGCCUUUGUGCUGUACGACAGUAACACCCGCCGACUGCUGGUAGCACGUGAUCCUGUCGGAAUCGUGCCCCUUUACUAUGGAUGGGAUCAAGCGGGAAGUUUAUGGAUUGCCAGUGAACUAAAGUGUCUUGUGGAGUGCUGCCGGGAAGUGGUUGUGUUUCCUCCCGGUCACGCGUACUACGGAACCAGGGACUGUGUCGUUCCAACGUCUUACUUCAAAGCCGACUGGAUGACGGAGAUUCCGUCCACCAAGGUGGAUUUGGGACAAUUAAAAAACCGCCUGGAGGCCGCCGUAGAGUCACACCUACAGUGUGAAGUUCCGCUUGGAGCGCUACUUAGUGGGGGACUUGAUUCUAGCCUGAUUGCCGCCAUCGCUACUAGAAUUUUGCGAAGAAAUGCCUCGAAUCCCAACUAUCGCUUGAAGACGUACAGCAUAGGCCUUGAUGGAGGUGGUCCAGACUUAGAGUACGCCCGCAGGGUAGCCAAACACAUUGGUAGCGAUCACACGGAAGUUCAUUUUACCAUCUCCGAGGGUUUGGAUCUCAUCAGGGAUGCGGUGUACCAUGCCGAAACAUACGAUGUCACAACAAUCCGCUGUAUCGUGCCGGUAAUGCUGUUGGCAAGAGCGAUCCGCAGCGACGGCAUCCGGGUUGUGCUUUCGGGUGAAGGUGCAGACGAACUGUUCGGGGGCUAUCUUUACUUUCACCGGGCGCCAAAUGUGGCCGAAUUCCAUGACGAAACGGUACGCCGCGUUCUUGGACUUCACCUGUCCGAUUGUCUGCGAGCAAACAAGGGCUGUGCGGCCUGGGGAUUGGAAUUGCGGGUACCUUUUCUCGAUACCGAUUACUUGCAGCAUGUGAUGUCCAUUCGCCCAAACGAUAAAUCCCCUGUUUUCACCGAGCUUCAUGAUCACAGUCGAUUAGAAAAACACAUUCUUCGACAAGCGUUUGCAGAUGGGAAUUAUCUUCCGCGGGAAGUGCUUUGGAGACAGAAAGAACAGUUUUCCGAUGGGGUAGGAUAUGCAUGGAUUGAUUCCAUUUCACAAUGGGCAUCUGAACGUAUAAGCGAUAAGCAGUUUGAAAUGGCUGCCGAAAGGUUUCCGUUUAACACGCCAACCACGAAGGAAGCGUUUUACUAUCGGAAGCUGUUUGAGCAGAUAUUUCCGGGAUCAACCUUUGCCCGAACCGUACAGCGAUGGACGCCACGGACGGAUUGGGGUUGCUCGGAAGAUCCGUCUGGAAGGAAACAAACUGUUCAUCGCGAUCAACAAAAAGAAAUAUUGUGA